AUGGGUCGUUGGGAUUCAAAAGAAUCAUCUAAAAAAAGUAACAGAGAUAGGUCCAGGUCACCGGAACGCGACCACCACGAAAGUUCGCGACACCGCAGCAACAGAGAUAGUAAAGACCGACGACAUGACCGUGAACGCGACCGCGACCGUGACCAUGAAAGAGAGCGUGAACGAGAACGUGAUCGUGACCGUGAUCGUGACCGUGACCGCGACCGUGACCGUGAACGCAGCCGAGACUACGACAGAAGCAGUCGGGAUAAACACAACAGUAGGUCUGAACGCCACAAAAGAUGGGAUAGUCAAGAAAACAGUACUAACACCACUACUAAAACCAUUACAAAACCUGAUCCUCGAGCGAUUGCCGCAGCAGCAGCAGCCAAAAUCAAUGCGCAGAUUGCCGCCAAGGUUGAAGAAGUAAAACGUCUUGGGUCACAGUCUCCAGCCAGAAUGUCCACCCCACCAGCCGUUAGUAUCAAUAAGCAAGAGGCACCAGCAGCAGUCAAGAAGGAAGCUGAGGUAGUUUUAACAGCGUCUGGGAAAAAAAAGUUUUCUGAGCAGGUGGACAUUAACGACAUUCGAAACAAGUUUUUGUUAACAAAGGGUGAAACACAAAGUAUGAUUCUCAAUGAAACAGGAGCGGUUGUAACAACAAGAGGUCGUUACUACCCUGAACGGUCGAUGGCUUCAGAUCUCAUUCCUCCGUUACAUCUAGUGAUUGAAGCUUAUGACGAAGAGACGCUACGAUUGGGAAUGAAUAAAGUGCAAGAGCUAAUUAACCAAGAUAUGGGCAGUCUUGUAGAUGAACGCCGGUUGCGACGGAAAGACCAGCAAGUUGCGGAAGAACCGGCUGUAGGACAAGGUGAGGCAGCUGGGGAUUCAGGCGAUAACAGCAAUAGCACUCCAUUCAAGACACCGACACAGCCUGCAUCAUUUAAUAGUGGUAGCGGUAAUGGGUUUGGGCGGCGGCGGCCUGAAGAAUUGCGGGUGCCGAUUGACUUGGAUGGAUACGAUCUCUUUCAUGUGCGUGGAUACAUUGUGGGUCCCGGUGGCCAGAAUGUUAAACAUAUUCAAAAUGAGACAGAAUGUCGGGUACAAAUCAAGGGCAAGGGCUCAGGGUUUGUUGAGCGCGAGACUGGCCGCGAGGAAGAAACUCAAAUGUAUCUUCAUGUGAUGGGCUAUGAUGCUGUAAAGCUUCAGCAAGCGCGCGAGCUCUGUGAAAAUCUGAUUGAUUCUGUUUCAGAGCAGAUUGAAGAGCGGUACCGUUUGCAACGUCAAAAUGGGAAUCUUCGGCCACGCAGUAACAACAAUAUCAAUAACAACAAUAACAACAAACGGUUCAAUACUAACAGUAACAAUGCCAAUACUAAGUUUCGGUCUCCUCCACGCGACAAUUAUCAACAGCAGCAAUACAACAGUCCUGAAAAGUAUGCUUAUCCUUCGCCACAUUUGGACCAAAACUCGCCUUCUCCAGAUCCUUAUUUUGCAGGAUCGUCGAUGCAAACCAGUAUGGGAUAUCAUCAUUCGAAUAACGCAGUAGCUUCGUUUGCAACACCUCCACCACCACCUCCUCCUCCUCCUCCACCAGGCAUCAACAACUCUAUGCGCCGACCACCGCCACCUCCUCCUCCCGGGCUCAAGCAGCCACCCCAACCGCCCUCUGUGGCCUAG